UUACACUUAACGUGAUGGCUGAAUUUCCAGAUUUAGGGAAACAUUGUUAUAUAAGUAAAUGUAAUAAAUUAGAUUUCCUUCCAUUUUGCUGUGACUACUGCCAUCAUGAUUUCUGCCUAGAACACUGCUCUCCUGUAAUUCACCAUUGUGAUGCUUUGCAGAACAAACCUACUGGAAGGAAAACAAGUCUAACAGAAAGUUCAAAAAACAAAUGUUGUGUAAAAACCUGUAAUCAAAAGGAAUUGAUAUCUUUCAUUUGUGAAUUUUGUGGUGAAAAUGUGUGUUUGCAUCAUCGUCAUCAAGUUGAUCACUCAUGUGAAAAGUUAGUUCCUCCUGAAGAACCAAUGAAAAAGACAGCUGAAGUAGUUCGAAACAUUCUAGAAUCCAAACAUGCUCAACCACAGAAAAGAGCUUUGCAUGGCAGAAAAUCUGCUAGUACAGCAGCCAAGGUUCAACUCAUGAAAUUGAAGAUGAAAGCUGUUGGGGACAGUAGUUUGUCUCAGACUGAAAGAAUAUACUUUCAAGUUUUUCUUCCAAAAAGACACACAGACAAGGAAAAAGCAUUUUAUUUUUCAAAAUUGUGGACAGUUAGUAAAAACUUAAAGUAA